UGCUUUUUUUUUUUUUUUUUUUUUAUUGUACAUAAAGGUUUGAUUUUUCGAAAUUUUGCUAGUUUUUGAAUUCUGGGUCAUUCUUAUUUUAUUGGGCUUUGUUUAGAUAAUGGUGGGAAUUGGGUUGUUUUCUUAGGGUUUACCUUUUGUUUUUGUUCGCAGUUUUGUUUCGUUCGGAUACGGGAAAUAAACAUAUAUACAGUCGAUGAUGGGAAAUUUAGUUUUUGAACCAAUGAUUGUCGUAUAGAAUUUAAGGUUGUCUCUGGGAUUCACGGCUUGUCUUGUAUUUGGUUCUUUAUAAUGGAUUCAAAAACAAGCGGUGAGGCUGGUGAUGUCAUGCCAGAGAAGAAACCGGAUAGCCAGGAAGGUAGUGCCAAUUCAAAGGUGAAAGGUAUUGGAGGUGUGAGUAGCAAAGAUAUGUUUUUUCGAGCUGAUAAAAUCGAUCUCAAAAGCUUGGAUGCACAGCUUGAGAAGCACCUGAGCAGGGUUUGGUCAAGGAACACCGAAAUCCAAAGGCCUAAAGAAGAGUGGGAAAUUGAUUCGUCUAAAUUGGAAAUAAGGCACGAGGUAGCCCGUGGUACUUUUGGGACCGUGUAUCGUGGUACUUAUGAUAACCAAGAUGUUGCAGUGAAAAUGUUGGACUGGGGGGAGGAUGGUAUUGCCACAACUGCUGAAACCACUGCUGUGCGGGCAUCAUUUCAGCAAGAGGUUGCUGUCUGGCACAAGCUUGACCAUCCUAAUGUUACAAAAUUUGUUGGAGCAUCAAUGGGAACUUCAAACCUGAAAAUUCCUGCCAAAAACCCAUCUGAUGGUUACAUCUCCCUUCCUGCUAGGGCAUGCUGUGUUGUUGUUGAGUAUCUCCCUGGUGGGACGCUUAAACACUACUUGAUAAGAAAUAGUCGAAAAAAACUUGCUUUUAAGGUUGUGAUCCAACUUGCUUUGGAUCUCUCUAGGGGUCUUAGCUAUCUACAUUCAAAGAAGAUAGUACAUCGUGAUGUCAAGACUGAAAACAUGUUACUAGAUUCUCAUAGAAAUCUCAAAAUUGCUGAUUUUGGUGUUGCCCGUGUUGAAGCUCAGAAUCCAUGUGACAUGACUGGUGAAACUGGCACACUUGGAUACAUGGCCCCAGAGGUUCUUGAUGGCAAACCGUAUAACAGAAGAUGUGAUGUCUACAGCUUUGGCAUCUGCUUAUGGGAAAUAUAUUGUUGUGACAUGCCUUACCCUAAUCUUAGCUUCGCUGAUGUCUCCUCUGCUGUUGUUCGACAGAAUUUACGGCCAGAGAUUCCAAGAUGUUGUCCAAGUUCUUUAGCAAAUGUCAUGCGAAAAUGCUGGGAUGGAAAUGCAGAAAAACGUCCUGAAAUGGCUGAGGUGGUGAAAAUGUUAGAAGCGGUUGAUACAAGCAAGGGAGGAGGGAUGAUACCUGAAGACCAGGCAUCUGUCUGUUUCUGUUUGACCCCUGCUCGCGGACCCUAAGUUGUGUUCUUUACCUUCCUCCUCGUUGUCUCUCCCCCUUUCAUUUUGUAAUGAGUCGGAGUUGCGACAUCCAGCUCUUAGUUCGAUUGGUUACAAACUUUUGCUUCACAAGAUGAAAAACAUUCUACUCAUUAUUCUGCAAGAAUGGGGAAAUAAGGUGGUUUUUUUUUUGUUUUGAAGUUGUAAUCCUUUGCUUAUUACAAGCUACCGUGCUUGUUGCACACGAUGUGUUUACACUGCAAGGGCUUUGCAAUUCAUGCGUGAUAGCACUUGCAUUUUAGGAAAGCAGUUUUGGUUGAUUUGUUGGAUCGGGAUGUGUGAAUAACCGGUCAGUGGCAUGGAACUGCAGCCUUUUGAGGAUGGAAGCCUGUGAACAUUUUUUGCAAGCUCCAAUUCUUACAGCUGCUGCCUUUACCUGGUUGAAAUUCAAUACAACCUGCUAAUUUUGCUGUU